AUGUACAACCUCGCAUCAACAUACCGAAACCAAGGACGAUGGAAGGAGGCCGAAGAGCUGGACAUGAAGGUGAUGGAGACCCGGAAACAGGUGCUGGGGCCAGAGCAUCCCUCCACUCUGAACGGCAUGCACAACCUUGCCUAUACUUUGAAACAACUGGGAAAGAUCCCAGAUGCCUUAACUCUUAUCAAGAAAUGUGCAGACCUCCGCAACAAAGUAUUGGGCUUAGAUCAUCCAGAUGCUAUAUCCUCGUCCAAUGCCCUUAGUGACUGGGAAACAGCAGUGAGCCACCUAUUAGAAAACCAGAAACAAACAACGAACUUCAGCGGACACCCUUCUUCCCCUGCCAAUGCACACUCAUGCCGCUCAUCAAAUUGA